GACAGUGUGCGUGUGGGGAGAUAAAAUUAGCAAAAAAAAAUCGGCCUCCCGUCGUUGCGGACGUCGGUCGCGGUUUUCCUGUUUUUCCGAAAGUUUUACUCGGCGAGAUGAGCGGAAUGAUUCGACUUCCGACGGCCCUGGCCAAGAACGCCCUCUCCGCGGUUCGCGGUUUGGGUGCUGGAUCCUCGCAGCGCAAUCUGCAUUUCACGGUGGGCCAGAACAAUGCGAAAUCAAACGCGGAUGCCAUUUCGCGCGAGUAUCCCGUCGUGGAUCACACGUACGAUGCCGUGGUGGUGGGUGCCGGUGGUGCCGGAUUGCGAGCAGCCUUCGGUCUGGUGGCGGAAGGAUUCAAAACGGCCGUCAUCACCAAACUGUUCCCCACCCGGUCACACACGGUCGCCGCCCAGGGAGGCAUUAAUGCGGCCCUCGGCAAUAUGGAGGAGGACGAUUGGAAGUGGCACAUGUACGAUACGGUGAAGGGUUCGGAUUGGUUGGGCGAUCAGGAUGCGAUCCACUACAUGACGCGCGAAGCACCGAAGGCCGUCAUUGAGCUGGAAAACUACGGUAUGCCGUUCUCGCGUACACCCGAUGGCAAGAUCUACCAGCGAGCGUUCGGUGGACAGAGCUUGAAGUACGGCAAGGGAGGACAGGCACAUCGUUGUUGCUGCGUAGCCGAUCGUACGGGACAUUCGCUGCUGCACACGCUGUACGGCCAAUCGCUGAGCUACGAUUGUAACUACUUCAUCGAGUACUUUGCGAUGGAUCUGUUGAUGCAGAAUGGCGAGUGCGUUGGUGUGAUCGCGAUGAACCUGGAGGAUGGUAGCAUUCAUCGUUUCCGGGCGAAGAACACGGUGCUGGCGACCGGUGGCUAUGGACGGGCGUACUUCUCCUGCACCUCGGCUCACACCUGUACCGGCGAUGGAACGGCAAUGGUGGCCCGCGCUGGUCUGCCUUCGGAGGAUUUGGAGUUUGUACAGUUCCACCCGACCGGUAUCUACGGUGCCGGUUGUCUUAUCACGGAAGGGUGUCGUGGUGAAGGUGGUUAUCUGAUUAACUCACAGGGUGAGCGCUUUAUGGAGCGAUAUGCACCGGUUGCGAAGGAUUUGGCAUCGCGCGAUGUUGUGUCGCGUUCGAUGACGAUCGAAAUCCGCGAAGGUCGCGGUUGUGGACCGGAGAAGGAUCAUGUGUACCUGCAGCUGCACCAUUUGCCCCCAGAGCAGCUGGCUCAGCGUCUGCCCGGUAUCUCGGAGACGGCAAUGAUCUUUGCCGGUGUGGAUGUAACGCGCGAACCGAUCCCUGUACUGCCGACCGUGCACUACAAUAUGGGCGGUGUACCGACCAACUACAAGGGACAGGUGCUGACGACGGAAAACGGUACUGAUCGCGUUGUACCCGGGCUGUACGCGUGCGGUGAAUCGGCCUGUUCCUCGGUGCACGGUGCUAACCGGCUCGGUGCAAAUUCGUUGCUCGAUCUGGUCGUGUUUGGACGUGCCUGCGCUAAAACGAUUGCCGCAGAAAACCGUCCAGGGGAGAAGGUGCAGGACCUGAAGUCGAACGCUGGCGAGGAAUCGGUUGCGAAUCUGGAUUGGGUGCGCAAUGCCAACGGUACGAUCCCGACGUCGACGCUACGUCUUAACAUGCAGAAGACGAUGCAGACGCAUGCGGCCGUGUUCCGGGAGGAGAAAACGCUACAGGAAGGUGUACGGAAGAUGGCGGACAUCUACAAGACGAUCAAGGAUGUGAAGGUGUCCGAUCGUUCGCUGGUCUGGAACUCGGAUCUGGUCGAGACACUCGAACUGCAGAACCUGCUGCUGAACGCUAACAUGACGAUCGUUUCGGCGGAAAAUCGUAAAGAAUCGCGUGGUGCUCACGCCCGGGAGGAUUACAAGCAGCGUAUCGAUGAAUAUGACUUUAGCAAACCACUGGAAGGCCAGCAGAAGCGACCGAUUGAGGAGCACUGGCGUAAGCACACGUUGACCUGGAUCGAUCCGGCUACCGGCAACGUGAAGAUCGACUAUCGACCAGUGAUUGACGAAACGCUUAGCGAGGAGUGUGCCACCGUCCCACCGGCAAUUCGUUCCUAUUAAGUUAGCACUUCAUGUUGCUGCCUCCUUGCCCUCCCCCCCCUUACUCCUGCCAUCGUGCCGUUGGUGUCGGUUGAUCUAAUUUCGGGACGCAACGAACAAAAUAUUUACGCUUCACACCAUCGUCAUCGCACGAGCUGCCACUAUCUGGUUUCUAGUGCUGGUGGCUUGUCUGUGAUGUGCGGAGAGUGUAGAUGCGAAGCUGGCUAUUGAAAGUAUUAUGAACGCUUAACAGAGCCUAGCCUAAGAUCACACCAUCACUGCUUAUUUAUUACAUCAUGAAUGUCAACAUUGAACGAAACGAAGUCAGCGAACGCACGGACGAGAUGCGAUGCGGCUGUAGGUAGGGGAGGAGAGUGUGGCCGGCAGCGUGUGUGGCCGACGGUAUGUGAAUGUUUCAAUCGCAUGCCUUACAUUGUGUGACCAUUUGAAGGUUACACGCGAGUGUGGUUUUGAGCAACGUUACACAACUGCCAAUCCCAAAUGGUGAAGAUCCCGAUCAUCUUCCGGAUGAUAACAAAGAACACACAACAAUCAGAACAGAACAGAAAAACGCACCCAGUGGAUAACGAUACGCGUGCGUGCUUUUGACGACGCUGAACGACGGUGGACGACCCUUUUUUUUACGACGAGUUAGAAUCAUUAAAUCAACAAAGAAAAACGUGUUUCCUGGUGUAGACCUGAAUUGAAUGUAUGAUUUGAUCAGCUAGGAAAUUAGCAACCAAAAAGCAAAGAAAAAAGCAAAACUAAGUUAGUUAAUCUUUGAACCUAGCGGCCGUGCCGGGUGUGUACUUCAUUAUUCUGUAGCUGUAGCUUGAGUAAACCUGUGAGACGAAUUCAAUACAAUAAAUUAAACCAAAAAUACAAAAAAUGGGAGAAAAUCGGUUAAUCUGUCCCGAAGCUUGAAUUGGAUUUAAUUAUUUGGUUUAGUUUUUUUCUGAAGUACACGCUGAAGUUCGUCGUGUUUGGCAAUGUAAUUAAUAUUUUCGCUAUCGUUUAUCGAAUUGGAUAAUUGUGGCUGUUAUCAAAAAAUGAUUCGCUACCGCAGAGAAGGUUCAACAAUAAACAGCUCGAUGGAAUGUGGACGAAAAUGCA